UUUAUCACUCGACUUCAAAGCCAAAAUAGCCAAUACCUCUUUCCACCAUUUGUCUAUUUCCUCCUUCAACCAUAUAUCAUUUACAUCUCCUUGACUUCAGAAAAAAAAAACCUAAUAUAUAAUUGUACUGCUCUUCUCUCUCUCUCUCCCUUCAAGUGAAUAAAAUAUAUCAAAAUGUGGACGAUGGGCUACAACGAAGGAGGUGCAGAUUCCUUCAACGGAGGAAGAAAGCUUCGACCACUCAUCCCACGCCUCUCUUCUUGUCCCACCGCCUCCCCAAACACCAACUCUGACCACCGCUUUAAUAUGGCAGUGAUGACGAUGAAGGCGGAGCAGAACAAGAGAGAGCUGAUGAUGCUAAACUCAGAACCUCAACAUCCGCCGGUAAUGGUGAGCUCACGGUGGAAUCCGACGCCGGAUCAGUUAAGGGUUCUUGAGGAGUUGUACGGACAAGGAACAAGAACUCCUUCUGCCGACCACAUCCAACAAAUCACCGCACAGCUACGACGGUACGGGAAGAUAGAAGGCAAAAACGUUUUCUACUGGUUCCAAAACCACAAAGCCCGCGAACGCCAGAAACGGCGACGACAGAUGGAAACUGGCCACGAAGAUUCAGUCCUUACAACAACGAGUCUUGUCUCAAACCACGGAUUCGACAAGAAGGACCCGCCAGGUUACAAGGUUGAACAGGCCAAGAACUGGAUACGUUCGGUCGGAUGCGACACACAGCCAGAGACACUUUCCCAUGAUGAUCAUCAGGAGCAGCCAGCGAACAUACGGGUAGAGCGCAAUGGUCGUUGUGGAGGUGACGAGAGACGAAGCUUUUUAGGGAGGAACGUCACGUGGCAGAUGAUGCAGUUGCCACCUGGACUCUACCCUUCUUCACAUCAUCAUCAGCGGAACCUCAUUCUCAAUUCAACAAAUGUUUCCUCCAACAUGAUCUCCACUAGCAAUGUUAAUACUGUUUCUGCUGCUAAAGAUUCGGUCUCGUUUUCACCUGUGCUUUUAAGCACGAGAGAAGCAACGAACGCAGAGACUUGUCGACGCAAUUAUGAUGACAAUAAAGGUCAAGAACGUCAUGAAGAAUGCUCCAACGGUGACUCGGAUCAUCAAGAACAGACACUUGAGCUGUUUCCAUUGAGAAAAGAAGGGUUUUGUAGCGAUGAUGAGAAAGAGAAGGAGAUCAGUGGCAUUCACUGUUUCUAUGAGUUUCUGCCAUUGAAGAACUAACCCUAAUUGAUGUCUUUCAAGAGCAAGACCUUUUUUUGUGUUAUUAGAUGAUUAGUUUAAUUAAUCAACCAAGUUGGAGAGAGAGAAAAGGGGUUACUUAUUUAGGGUUUUGUCUGGGAGUGAGCGCAGGCGUGUCUUUAUGGUGUUGAUGUUAACAUUUCAUAAGGGCUUGCCUUAAAAUGCACUUUGGACCACUUUCUUUAAAUAUUAAAAAUGAACCAAACAAAUUUAAGAAAAUAAUCGAAUGACAUUUGAUUUUCUCAUUAGUUUUUC